AUGGCGGCCUUAGCCUGGCUUCUGUUUUCCUUGGCCGCUGCCGUGGUCGAUGCGGGACACCUGCGCGGCCUGCGCGGCCUCAGCGAGGACCUGGGGACGAUACUGCGGGCGGACGUGGCGAAGGCUGCGAGUGCCUUUUUCAAGACCUUCCAGAUAGAAGGCAAUCAAGGAGGGGCACCGGCAGCCUCCAUUGACACCACGGCGAGUGGUGCUCAUCUCGUCCAGGAGCUCCUUUCCAACAAGGAGCUGACGGACGAGAUCAUGCUAAAGCCUACGAGGAACGGAUGGGUCCAAUCGGGCCGUCUGUACGACAUCCUCAUGAAGGACGCCCACGUCGGCAAGGAGACCCACGUGUCCACCGAGGGCGGACAGGUCAAAUUUUCUGUGGAAGAUCUCUCCGUGGACGUUGAGUGUCAGUACGAUCUACGUUUGUCUAGCUUCCGUUACAAGGAGACAGGCAAGGUGAGGGCCCGACUGUUCGGCGACUCCAUGUUGCUGAACUUCCCCGUCGAGGGCUCCGGGCCCGGAGGGUGCCACUUCGGCGAAGGCCUCGACCUGGAGGUCCUCAAUGCGACAAGUGAUCACGAUGCGCUGAAUGUAGCGAUCACUGACAUUUUGUCCAACAACAUGUUGGACCUCCGCACGGAAAUCGUGCAGGAAAUGGAGAGUGGCUUGUGCCGCAAUCUGCUCGAGCCCCGCGCUCAGCAACCGAAAUUCAUGCACCAGGCUCUGGGCAAUGGAGAGUCCAUGUGGCCCCUGGUGCUUGGAGCGAUUUUCAUUUCCUUCGCAAUGCUGGUCGUUGCGUUCAUCGCUGGCCGCCAGAGCGUUUAUUUAGGCUUUUGUGGAUGCUUUUCCAGCUGCUGUGGUCCUUCUACGUCACCAUGGUCCCAAACAGAGGGCCAUACAAGUUCUGAGGAGUCACAGUCCGAUAUCGAAAACAACCUUCUGGGCCUGUCGAACAUGACGGAGGCGAUGCAAAUCCAGUAUGUGUACACGAAAGGAGACCUCAAGAUGUCAGAUGGUCUCAUCUAUGCCGUUUCCGAGAAGCCGUUGGGCGUCGUAAAGGAGCUGAUCCGUGGUGGAGCGAACCCUUUCGUGCAAGAUUCGGAUGGCCGGACUUGCAUGGAGUUGGCAGAAGAGCGGGGGGACCAGGCCGUGAUGGACUGCUUGCAGCACUACAUUGCUGAGCUCGAGAGGUCACGAAGCCGGCAUCUGAAGUCGAAACCGUUCAGCGCCGACCGCGGGUGGCCCACCGUCAGAGCCCUCGAGCAGUCUCAGUGGCUGGCUUCGGGACACUCAAAGUCCGAACUUCAGGAGACUAACGUGAACAUCAUUCUCCCGCUUGAUCGACCACCUGCGGAGCCGACACCGGCUGCGCAGCUGGUGCGCCUUCAGGUCAAGAUGCUGCUGGACAACCCCGUUUUUCAGGCCGUCUUGACCACAAACCUGGUCCUCGCCCUCUUCCUGCCUGAUUUCUGGGUAAUUUUAGCAAUGCAGGCCCGGACGGCCCUGGACGUUGCCCUUGUCUUGAUUUUCACGACGUUUGCAAUUGAAUUCGGAGCCCAUGUGAUUGCAUUUCCAGACACCUAUAUCGGCUCGUACACUUUUUGGACAGAUAUUAUCAGCAUGCUGUCUGUUCCGUUGGAUUUCUCCGUGGUGGCAGACAACUUCGUUGGUCUUUUCGAGGGAUCCGGGCUGGCUCGCGUCACGAAGUUUGCAAAGCUGAGCGCACGCGCUGUGCGCCUGUCAAGGCUUACGAAGCUGCUCCGCUUCCUCCCGGGGUCACGCAAGCAGCUCGAAAUGGAGAGGAGCCGUCAAGGUCCAGCCAAAGAAAUAUCGCUGGAGCUGAUGGCUGACCUGUCGCUCAAGGUAGCCAUGCUGAUCAUUGGCUUGGUGUUGGUUCUGCCCUUGCUAGACUUCUUCAAGUACCCCCCGGACGAUAAUUCCAUGGCCACAUGGACCAGCCAGCUCUACUGGACGUCAAAGACACAUCCAGAGGAUGCUAUGGCGGUCAUUGAGGACAUGAGGCAGUUUUACAGUGUUUUGGAAUACCAUCCAUUCCAAGUGAUGUACUCCAUCAACAACACGCAAAUCUCUCACGAAUCGCGCUCAGCUGCAUCUGCCCCAGCUGGUCAGUUCAUCUGA